UAUCAUUCCUCAGAAUCCUCUUGGGUUCGUCUUGCAUUUUGGUGGAACAUACUUGCGGUAGAUCACUGCAUACAUGCAUACGGCUCAAUCUGCUAACAAGUUUACAACCGCCGCUGUUGCGGCACUUGCUGGUGUCGCCACAGUAGCUGUGACUGUACGGCUCUUCCGGGCCUGGAUCCGUGGCAGAGGCUCUGUACAAUGCAAGUUUCCACGCGACUUGGAUACGUGGCGCUUGCUCGACGGAGCGGAAACUGUCCUCGUCUGGGAGGCCGUCCGGCCCACUCUUCAUGACGCUGGCAUCUGUCUGUGGACAUACGACGGAGCCAGCUCAAGAGCUAAUCCGGAACAGACCGAUGUAUCGAAUGGAUUUGCCUACGUAACACCAGUCCGUGGCGAAGCAUGGUCUCAAAACCUCAGGAGGUUCAAUUGCCAUAAUGAGCUGACCUGGGGAGGAUCGACUACAGGUGGGCUGAAUGUGGUGAUUCGCGUUGCGGCCAUAGGAAACGAGGGUAAAAAGCAUGUGGAAAUUCUGCGCAAGUUGGCCCGCGGCACGAUCAGUUUGAUGACGAAUAACCAUGUUGUGCCUCUCUGGAAAGAGGUGCAGUUGGACGACAUCAUCUUCAUAAUCUCGCCAUACGUUGGUUACAGCAUGGAUCAAUGUUAUGGGCGUUGGGCGAACAACUCCGUCGGAGAUAUAGUUGAUAUGAUCAUACAGGCACUCGAAGCAAUUGCCUUCGUGCACAGCCUCGGAAUAGUGCACAGGGAUCUAUGCAAGGCAAAUUAUGUGGUCCAGUGGCAUCCCGAAUCCCUAUCGACUAUGCGGGUGCCUCUAUCCCGACCACGUGCAUUCUUGACCGAUUUCGAGACGGCGCACGAGUUCCCUCCGGACCAGCCUGUUGAGGAGCACUUGCUGACCGGCCCCCCUGUCGAGGAUUAUCAGCGACCCGUCCCUCCUGAGUUGGCGUCCGGUUCACCGUACGACCCAUACAAAGCCGAUGUAUGGCAGCUGGCCGAGAGUUUCUCCGACUUCAAGACCACCGUCCUUGAUAUUGAUGCGGUUCUCGCACAAAUGUUCGAACCGGAUACGUCCCUGAGGCUGUCCGCGUCAGAGGCUCGUGACAAAUUGGCAGAGGGUGUACACAGCAUCCCGCCGACAGGUCUUCUGAUCCCGCCAUUAUUGUUGAAUCCACUGCCAGACUUUUAA